UGGUUAAGAGGCUUCUAGAAGUGCUGAAGGGUUUCUUUCCUGCUGGUACUGACCUAGUGAAGGUUCCCCAAGUCUCCCUGUGUGACUGUAUCUAUCGGUCUCAUCAUGCUGACUGCCAGCGGGUCCGUAGCCUCGUCCCUCUCACAUGUGUCACGGAUACUUCGCAAGGGCUGUUUUAAUGGUCUCAGCCAAGAUGUUCUGCAAUCAGUGUUUAAACGGGACUAUGCAUCUGAAUCAAUUAAAGGUGCUGUCAUUGGUAUUGAUCUAGGAACAACAAAUUCUUGUGUUGCCAUAAUGGAGGGAAAGCAAGCAAAGGUCCUUGAAAAUUCUGAAGGGGCUAGAACCACACCUUCAGUAGUAGCGUUUUCAUCAGAUGCUGAACGUUUAGUGGGAAUGCCAGCUAAACGACAGGCAGUCACUAACCCCAACAACACAUUCUACGCAACAAAGCGCCUCAUUGGCCGACGUUUUGAUGACCCUGAAGUUCAAAAAGACAUUAAAAAUGUACCUUUCAAAAUUGUGAAAGCCUCAAAUGGCGAUGCCUGGUUGGAAUCCCAUGGAAAACUGUAUUCCCCAAGUCAGAUUGGCGCAUUUGUUUUAAUGAAAAUGAAAGAGACUGCUGAAAACUAUUUGGGUCACGCUGCCAAAAAUGCUGUUAUCACUGUGCCUGCAUACUUCAAUGACUCUCAGCGACAGGCGACAAAGGAUGCUGGGCAAAUUUCUGGGCUGAAUGUCUUGAGAGUUAUUAAUGAACCUACUGCCGCUGCCCUUGCCUAUGGACUAGAUAAAUCUGAUGACAAAAUUAUUGCGGUCUAUGAUCUUGGGGGAGGAACAUUUGAUAUUUCGAUUCUAGAAAUUCAGAAGGGGGUUUUUGAAGUAAAAUCCACAAAUGGAGACACAUUCCUUGGAGGUGAAGAUUUUGAUCAAGCUUUGCUGCAGCAUAUUGUAAAGCAGUUCAAAAGAGAGUCUGGUGUGGACCUUACCAAAGACAAUAUGGCACUUCAGAGAGUCCGAGAAGCUGCUGAAAAAGCAAAAUGUGAGCUGUCUUCCGCUUUGCAGACUGACAUCAAUCUGCCAUACCUCACCAUGGAUGCUUCUGGACCAAAACACUUAAAUAUGAAAUUGACACGUGCUCAGUUUGAGGGAAUUGUUGCUGAUUUAAUAAAGAGGACAGUUGCACCUAGCCAAAAAGCUAUGCAAGACGCAGAAGUUGGCAAAAGUGACAUUGGUGAAGUUUUGUUGGUCGGUGGAAUGACAAGAAUGCCAAAGGUUCAGCAAACCGUGCAAGAUUUGUUUGGACGAGCACCAAGCAAAGCCGUAAAUCCGGAUGAAGCAGUUGCCAUUGGAGCUGCCAUUCAAGGUGGCGUGUUAGCAGGAGAUGUUACAGAUGUCUUGUUGUUGGAUGUCACACCAUUAUCUCUUGGCAUUGAAACACUUGGAGGAGUCUUUACCAAGCUGAUUGGAAGAAACACUACUAUACCAACCAAAAAAAGCCAGGUCUUCUCUACUGCUGCGGAUGGCCAAACACAGGUAGAAAUUAAAGUUCAUCAAGGAGAGAGAGAAAUGGCCAGUGACAAUAAACUUCUUGGUCAGUUUACAUUGGUUGGAAUCCCCCCUGCGCCUCGUGGAGUGCCUCAGAUUGAAGUCACUUUUGACAUUGAUGCAAAUGGAAUUGUUCAUGUAUCUGCAAAAGACAAAGGGACAGGCCGUGAACAACAAAUUGUUAUUCAGUCUUCUGGUGGACUUAGCAAAGAUGACAUUGAGAAUAUGGUAAAGAAUGCAGAAAAGUAUGCAGAGGAGGAUAGAAGGAGAAAGGAACGUGUGGAGGCGGUUAACAAUGCUGAAGGUAUUAUUCAUGACACAGAGUCAAAAAUGGAGGAAUUUAAGGAUCAGCUGCCAGCUGAUGAGUGCAACAAACUUAAAGAAGAGAUAAGCAAGGUAAAAGAACUCCUGACACGAAAAGACGAAGAAACUGGGGAGACCAUCAGAAAUGCUUCAUCAACUCUCCAACAGGCUUCACUUAAAUUAUUUGAAAUGGCUUACAAAAAGAUGGCAUCUGAAAGAAGCAGCACUGAAAGUGGACAACAAAAAGAGGACCAGAAGGAAGAAAAACAAUAAAGUGCGUUGGUGCAAAAGGCGCUUGGGAGUUAACUAUUCAGAACUGAGAAUUCACCAUAGUCCUGAGCAAAAAUUACCAUAAAUCUUUUACUGUAUUUUUGCAGUACUCUUUAUCGUUUGUUGCUGUUGUUUUAGUUGGAUAUUCGUUUUUUCUUUUUUUCUACAAAUAAUAAUUAAAAAAAAUCCACUGUCCAUUCCUGUGA